AUGGCGUCGCUAUCAAGAAUAUUGUCGAGAAACCUGCACGUCUCUGCUCGCAGGCAGGCGUUGUCAAAGUUUACAAUGCCUGCAAUGAGUCCAACAAUGACAGAGGGUGGAAUUGCAUCAUGGAAAAAGAAGGAGGGAGAGCAGUUUGAGGCCGGCGAGGUCCUCUUGGAGAUUGAAACCGACAAGGCUACUAUUGAUGUCGAGGCUCAGGAAGACGGCGUGUUGGCGAAAAUUAUCUCCCAGGACGGCAGCAAAGGUAUCCCAGUAGGAACUGCUAUUGCCAUCGUCGGAGAAGCAGGUGACGACCUCUCUGGGGCCGCUGACAUGGCUAAGCAAGCCGCAUCCGAGGCCCCAAAAGCUGCAAAGGAGGAGGAAUCCCGACCAAAGGAGCCCGCUACCCUCGAAGAACCUCAAAAGGAUACCAGCAAAAAGGACAAGUCGUCGAAAGACGACUCCAAAUCGAGCUCGCCAAAGGAGAACCUGAAGACGGGCGACCGCAUCUUCGCCACGCCAAUUGCAAAGAAGAUUGCCCUAGAGAAGGGUAUUCCUCUCGCCCAGGUCAAGGGUUCGGGACCAGAGGGCCGUAUUCUUCGAGAGGACGUCGAGAAAUUCAAGCCGGCCGCAGCGUCGUCUGGUGCACUUGCCCCUCCAGCAGCGGCUGAUGCGGAAUACAAGGAAAUCCCCGUUUCGAGCAUGCGCCGCACUAUUGGAAACCGCCUCACCCAAUCGAAGCAAAACCUACCUCACUUCUAUGUGACGGUCGAUAUUGAUCUCACAAAGGCCAAUAAGCUAAGAGAGGUCUUCAAUGCCUCGCUUGCUGGGAAGGAGGGCGCUACCAAGCUCAGCAUCAAUGACUUUGUUAUGAAGGCUGUCGCCCUCGCAUUGGCAGAAGUCCCAGAGCCAAACUCUGCUCUGGAAGGCGACGUCAUCAAGCAGUACAAAAAGGCGGAUAUCUCGAUGGCCGUCGCCACCCCGAAUGGCCUCAUUACUCCCAUCAUCAAGGAUGUUGGCUCCAAGGGUCUUGCAGCAAUUUCCGUCGAGUCAAAGACCUUGGCCAAGAAGGCGCGUGACGGGAAGCUCGCUCCUCACGAAUACCAGGGUGGUACUUUCACCGUUUCUAAUAUGGGCAUGUUUGGUGUCUCUCACUUUACUGCCAUCAUCAACCCUCCCCAAUGCUGUAUCCUGGCGGUCUCGUCGCCAACGCCGACCAUGGUCCCCGACGAGUCGAGUGAAAAGGGCUGGUCCACUAGGCAAAUUAUGAAGGUCACCCUCAGCUCGGAUCACCGUGUUGUCGAUGGCGCUGUCGCUGCCCGCUGGUUGCAGAGUUUCAAAGGCUACCUGGAGAACCCGUUGACGUUCAUGCUCUAG